AGGAGACAUGAUAGCUUCUACUUCGGCAGAUGUCAAAACAAAAAAAUCUUUGCGAAAGUCAAGAAAGUGUCAAGUCUGUUAUUUACGUGCUCAUGGAAAUCAUUAUGGAGUUGUCAGUUGUCGAGCUUGUGCCGCUUUUUUUCGAAGAGUUUUCAUAACUCAUAAACAGCAUUUUAAGUGUCAAGGAGGCCAAAUGAAAUGUGAGCCAAAUAGUGUGGGAAGGUGGGACUGUAAAAGUUGUCGAACAAAGAAAUGUUUUGACAUUGGAAUGAGACCUGAUAAUAUUCAAUGCAGUGAUGAUACUAUUAGUUACUCUGAAUCAAUUCCAAACGAUCCUAAAGACACUUCAAGUCCAUCCGCCAUAAGCUCGUCAUCUGAAGAAUAUAUUACAUUUUUUGAUUUUACAUCUCUACUUGAGUCAAUUGAAAAUAUUUUAAAAACUCAAAUUGACACUCCUAUUACAAAUCAAACUUCUCUGCAAAAACUUGCAUAUGGCCUCAAAGAAAUUAGAAAAUCGCAAGUUUUGGAGAAUAUUCCUGUUGUAACAUCGAUCGGAAAAAAUGAAACAUUUAAUUCUUGGAAGAUGGAUAUGGAGAGAGCAGCUACUUGGUUGACAUAUUUUGAUGAAUUUUGCACUUUGAAAUCUGAAGAAAAGAUGCUUAUAACAAAAUGUAUGUGGUUGUUGUUCCGAAGAUUAGAACGCAGUGCAAUGACAGCCGAUUUGAGACGGGCGAAAAAAUGUCAAAAAAGUGAAUAUGCAAUGAAAACUGACUCCCUUGUAAGCAUGGAAACAAAAUAUGAAUUUGAUUGGCUUUCCCAUUUUUCGGCAGAACAAAUAAAAGUUUUUCUUGGAAGCUCUUCUGGAAUGUAUUGUGAAGAAUUGACAAAUUGUAUCAUGGAAGUUCAACCAUCAGAUGAGGAACUUUGUUUUAUCAUAUGUGACCUUUGCUUUCAAUAUCUUGGUAUAAAAGUAGGAGGAGAAAUUCAGCAAAAGUUGGAAGGACUACAAAAAAUUCUCUCUGACAACUUACAUAAUUACUACUUGGAAAGAAAUCGAGAACACAGAUAUACUUAUAGGCUCUCCCAACUAAUGAAAAUCAGUCAGCAAUAUAACAAAUUGAUGGAAGAAAAACGAAGAGUUGGAGUUGUUGGGGAAGUAUUUGGAGUAUUUCGAGUCAAGUGGUCUCAUCCGGAUAUUUUUAAAUAUGCACGAUUUGAAUAAUUGUUUUGGACUUUACAAACUGAUUUCUUGAAAUAUGUUGUUUGAAAUAAAUGUUGAUCAAAUACUCAAUUAGGAGCAGCAGAAAAUAUUAAAAUUUUCAUGAAGGCUGUAUUAA